ACUCUCUCUCUCUCUCUCUCUCUCUCUCUCUCUCUCUCUGAACUGUGGAAAUGCAAAAAUCACCAGAGGAGGAACAUCCACAGAAGGCAGUGGGAUGGGCAGCCAGAGAUCCUUCAGGAGUCCUUUCUCCCUUUAAGUUUUCAAGGAGAGUUAAUGGGGAUAAGGAUGUGACCAUCAAGGUACUGUUUUGUGGGAUCUGUCAUUCUGACCUUCAUAAUGUUAAGAAUGAAUGGGGAACUGCUCUCUAUCCUAUGGUCCCAGGGCACGAGAUUGCAGGUGUAGUGACAGAGGUUGGGCGUGAUGUAACAAAAUUCAAAGUGGGAGAUAAGGUUGGCGUUGGGUGCUUGGUCGAUUCAUGUCGUUCCUGCGACAAUUGCGCCCAGGACUUGGAGAAUUACUGUCCCAAACUUAUCCUUACAUACAAUUCUAUCUUUUACGAUGGCUCAACAACCUUUGGUGGGUUCUCUGAUAAGGUUGUCGUCGACCAUCACUUUGUGCUUCGUUUCCCUGACAACCUGUCUCUUGAUGGAGCUUCACCAUUACUUUGUGCUGGGAUUACUGUUUACAGUCCCAUGAAGUAUUUUGGCUUCAGCGAACCUGGAAAGCACCUGGGUGUGGUUGGCCUUGGUGGGCUUGGUCAUAUGGCCGUCAAGUUUGGUAAGGCUUUUGGACUUAAGGUUACGGUGAUCAGCACGUCGGCUAGUAAGGAGAAGGAAGCGCUUGAGCGACUGGGUGCCGACUCCUUCUUGGUUAGCCGUGACCCUGAUCAAAUGCAGGCCGCAAUGGGUACCCUGGAUGGUAUCCUCGACACAGUUUCAGCUGUUCACCCUCUUGAGCCACUGAUUAAUCUACUGAAGACUAAUGGCAAGCUGGUUCUAGUUGGUGUCCCAGAUAAGCCACUCGAGCUGCCAAUCUUCCCUUUGCUAAUGGGGAGGAAGCUUGUGGCCGGCAGUGGAAUUGGGGGAUUGAAAGAGACUCAGGAGAUGGUAGAUUUUGCAGGAAAGCACAAUAUAACAGCAGAUAUUGAGGUUAUCUCGAUGGACUAUGUAAACACUGCUAUGGAAAGACUUGCAAAAGGUGACGUCAAGUAUCGAUUUGUCAUUGAUGUGGCAAAUACCUUAACUUCUUAGGUAAUCCACACAAAAUCAAUGUCUUGCUAAUUAAGGACUCUGUACUUGUGUAUGAAUAGUGGAUCAUCAUUCUAAUAAAUUGUUUAGAUGUUCUUAAAGGUA